CUUCAUAUAAAUUCGCUUCCAUUUAUUAUUUCUAUUUUAUUCUAUUUUAUUCUCUCAAAAUAUUUAAUUUUAUUCUUAAAAAUGAAAAGUCCGACUCUAACCGGAUUGCUGAAGCAUGUCGCGGCGGAGUUCCCGAACCACCGCGCCCUUUCCGUUUCCGGAAAAUUCGAUUUGACCCACGCGCGGUUGCAGGAGCUCGUCGAUCACGCCGCCACCCUCUUAAUUGCCUCCGGCGUCGCCCCAAACGACACCGUCGCACUCACAUUCCCCAACACCGUCGAGUUUGUUGUGAUGUUUUUGGCGGUGAUUCGGUGCCGGGCGACAGCGGCGCCGCUUAACGCGGCGUACACGGCGGAAGAGUUCGAGUUCUACCUUUCCGACUCCGAGUCGAAGCUCCUGAUCACGCCGGAAGAACCGAUUCAUGCGGCCAAAGCGGCGUCUUCGAAGCUCAACAUUCCUCACUUGACCGCCAACCUGUCCGACGCCGCCAGCCACGUGACUCUCUCAUCCGCCGUCGAGGCGAGCCCCGACUCGGUAUCGCAACUCGUCAACGACCCGUCCGACGUGGCGAUCUUCCUCCACACGUCGGGCACCACGAGCCGGCCCAAGGGAGUCCCCUUGACGCAGCUCAAUCUGGCCUCCUCCGUCCAGAACAUCAAAUCUGUCUACAGACUCACUGAGUCGGACUCGACGGUGGUCGUCCUCCCUUUAUUUCACGUCCACGGAUUAAUCGCCGGGUUAUUGAGUUCCUUCUCCGCCGGCGCCGCUGUGGCCCUCCCAGCCGCGGGUCGAUUCUCCGCUUCAACCUUUUGGUCCGACAUGGUCGCAUACAACGCCACGUGGUACACCGCAGUCCCCACCAUCCACCAAAUCAUCCUCGACCGCCACAGCAGCAAACCCGAACCGCAAUACCCGAAUCUCCGGUUUAUCCGGAGCUGCAGCGCCUCGCUGGCUCCGUCUAUUUUGGCGCGGCUGGAAGAAUCGUUCGGCGCGCCGGUUUUAGAGGCCUAUGCGAUGACGGAGGCGACCCAUUUGAUGUGUUCGAAUCCGUUACCGGAAGACGGAGCCCACAAGCCCGGGUCAGUGGGUCGACCCGUGGGUCAGGAGCUUGCGAUUUUGGACGAGAACGGUGCGAUUCAGCCGGAGGGCGUGAACGGCGAGGUUUGCAUUAGAGGGCCCAAUGUGACUAAAGGGUACAAGAACAACGCAGAAGCGAACAAAGCAGCUUUCUUGUUCGGGUGGUUUCAUACUGGGGACAUCGGAGUUUUGGAUUCCGAUGGGUAUUUGAGCCUGGUGGGUCGGAUUAAGGAGCUGAUUAACCGCGGAGGGGAGAAGAUUUCGCCGAUUGAAGUCGAUGCAGUGCUUUUGUCACAUCCAGAGGUUGCCCAAGGCGUUGCAUUUGGAGUUCCUGAUGAUAAAUAUGGCGAAGAGAUUAACUGUGCCGUAAUCCCAAGAGAAGGCUCGAGCUUAGACGAGGAACAAGUGAUGCGACAUUGCAAGAAGAAUCUGGCUUCUUUCAAAGUACCCAAGAAGGUGUUCAUCACCGACUCUCUUCCGAAAACUGCCACCGGGAAAAUCCAACGGCGGAUCGUGGGGGAGCACUUCCUUGCACAAAUAUCCACCGCCAAAGUUCCCAAGUUUGGCGCUUAAUUCUACUACAAUUCCACCAGCCUAGCACAAGAACAUUUUUUAGUUUAAUUUUGGCUUAAAUGUCAAAAUGGUCAUGUGUUAUAGUCAUAGUCAUAUGGUCAAUUUAAUUCCCAUUUUCAAUUUGGCCAAGUUGGUCAUCAUGUUUAUCUUUAUUAGUCAAUUAAGGACAUUUCAUUUAA